AUGUCUACGACGGCAACCAUGACUACAUCUGCCCAGAUUCUGUCGCGGGCCAGCCCUAUGGCCACGGUGAUUAUAGAUAGGCAACGGCUGAUGGAUGACAUACAUCUCACAGCUCAGUGGGGAGGGGGACAGAGAUGGGGAGACGCCCCGACCGAGAUCGGCAUGGCCCGGCUAGCGUUGAGUGAUGCAGAUAAAAUGGUACGAGAUUGGUUUAUCAAAGAGGUCAAGAAGUACGGUUGCAAGGUGCAGGUGGAUGCUAUGGGCAAUAUCUUCGCUAUUCGGCCUGGCAGGAGAGAAGGCUACCCUACGUUCAUGGGCUCUCACCUGGACACGCAACCCGCUGGCGGCAGAUACGACGGUAUUCUUGGUGUUCUCGGAGGAGUUGCAGCCUUGAGAGCUCUGCAUGAGUCUGGAAUCGAAACCGAGUACCCUGUUGGUGUUGUUGACUGGACCAAUGAGGAGGGCGCAAGAUUUCCACAGUGCAUGAUGGCUUCUGCUGUAUGGGCUGGCAUUACAGAUGUCAACAGCACACAUCGAAUCGCUGAUAUCGAAGAUGCAAACGUCACAGUCAGGUCCGAGCUGGAGAGGAUAGGUUACUUGGGCGCCAUACCUGCGCACUACACCGCAACGCCCAUGGCAGCCCAUUUCGAGCUUCAUAUCGAGCAAGGGCCCAUUCUUGAGGCAUCCAAUCAAUGUAUCGGUGUUGUCCAGGGAGUCCAGGCCAGCAAAUGGUUCACUAUCACCGUCGGGGGCCGAGACAGCCAUACAGGAGCCACUAACUUUGAGAACCGGUCCGAUGCUCUAUUGACCAGUGCGCAAAUGAUUCUGCGGUCACAUCAAGUCGCUACCGAGUUCAAAUCGUUGGCGUCCACUGGCCUCCUCUCCCUGGAGCCCGGAAGCACAAAUACCGUUCCUGGGGUCGUUACCUUCUCACUGGACCUGCGAUCUAGUGAGAAUGAGAAUAUCAACAAAAUGGAAGAGAUUCUUCGAAGAGAUUUUGAGAGCAUUGCGAGGGGCGAGCAUGUUGGAACAGUCACUGCGGGAUGCACUCGUGGUCGUGGUUGCACUGUCUCUUGGAAGGUCGACUCAGAUGCCAAGGUUGCCAACUUUGACAAGGAUUGUAUUGAAUGCAUCGAGAAGGGAAGCGAGUCGUUGUUCGGAGAACAGGCAGGGUCACUGACGAGAAGGAUGUAUAGUGGCGCUGGACACGACAGUGUGCACACCUCUACGAUGGUGCCCACGGCGAUGAUAUUCGUUCCAUGCAGAGAGGGAAUAACCCACAACCCUACUGAGUAUUGCUCGCCGACGGACUGCGGUAACGGAGCGCAGGUUCUUCUCAAUGCUAUACUCAGAUACGACCACUAUAGAUCCACCAAGGUAUGA